CCUCAUCUACAAAAUCUAGGGUAUAAAAAGCCCCAAAUUUCUUCGCUCGCGAAAAGCUUUGGAGCCAUCGUUGUCCCGGUUAGAAUCAAGAAACGAGAAGAAUCACAUACUUACCAACAAUCUAUCUUGUUUUCUGAAGAAGAAUGGCAACGUUUGAACUCUACCGCAGAUCGACGAUCGGAAUGUGUUUGACUGAAACUUUGGACGAAAUGGUCCAGAACGGUACUCUUAGUCCGGAGCUUGCUAUUCAAGUUCUUGUCCAGUUCGAUAAGUCUAUGACUGAGGCUCUGGAAUCACAGGUGAAAAGCAAGGUGUCUAUCAAGGGACAUUUGCACACCUACCGGUUCUGCGACAAUGUUUGGACAUUCAUUUUGCAGGAUGCAACAUUUAAGAACGAGGAUUCCCAAGAGACUGUUGGAAGAAUUAAAAUAGUAGCAUGUGACUCAAAGUUACUCACACAAUAAGCUUGAUGAUGAAAUUUGCAUAAUUAUUUGAUGAUGGUAGAAGGAAAUAGUCAUGGUGACGAAAUGGCCAUCCGGGGGCAAUGUUGCGAGUUUGAAGCAAUUCAAACAUGAUUCUGUAAAGUCAUCGACCCGAACAGCUAAAAGUUACUUUCACGCCCAUUGAAGAUACAUUUGACUGUAAUUGGCAUUUAAAGCUGAUUACAUAACAAGUAUACAGCCCUUCUAGUGUAAUGAUAAUAAAAACAUGAUAUCUAUUUUCAUAUUAUGCUUUCAAUCUUUGUUUCU